GCUUAUUCUCUCUGCUCCCCACCGUAACCCAUUUACUCAAGAAACCGCAGCGGAGACGAAGAAUCCCACGCGAUUACUCACAGCGAAGGCAUGGCGGCUACUAUGUCACCGUGGGGCAAGCCUGGAGCUUGGGCUCUGGAUGCGGAGGAGCAUGAGGCCGAGCUUCUCAAGGAUCAGCAGGAGCAAUCCCGUUCGCAAUCGGAGCCCAGUGCCGACUUUCCGUCUCUCGCCGCCGCGGCUGCCACCAAGCCUAAGAAGAAGAAAGGUCAGUCCAUUCCUCUCUCGGAGUUUCAUACCUAUGGUGGUCCUAAGCCGUCGGCUCAAUCCAGUGAGCCGAAGGGUCUUACGACCGAAGAUCUAAUGAUGCUUCCGACGGGUCCGCGUCAGCGAACGGAGGAGGAACUGGACCGCAAUCGGCUCGGAGGUGGUUUCAAGAGUUGGGGUCAGAAUAGUUUGUAUGACAGGGGGAAUCGGUAUUCUAAUGGUGAAGAUUCGUCGAAUGCUCGACGCGGUUCUAGGGUUUUUGAUGAGUCGAGGAGGAGUGGUGAUGGAUCCGAUAGGGAGUUUGGAAGGGAGUCGUUGCCUUCUAGGGCUGAUGAGAUUGAUGAUUGGGGCGCUGGGAAGAAGCCUAUGAUGGGCAAUGGCUUUGAGAGGAGAGACAGAGGAGGAGGAGGAGGCUUUUUCGAUUCGCAUUCAUCGAAAGCGGACGAAUCGGAUAGUUGGGUGUCGAAUAAAAGCUUUUCACCUUCUGAUGGUCGGAGAUCAGGCGGUAGAGGUGGUGGAUUUGAGAGAGAGCGAAGAGUAGGCUUUCCCUCGAACGGUGGUGGCGCCGAUUCAGACAAUUGGGACCGAAAAUCUGAAGGUUCCAGGGGUAGAAUUGGUGAGAAUGGUGGUGGGGCUGAUUCAGAUAGCUGGGGAAAAAGAUCUGAAGCAGCCAGAGGUGGAAUUAGUGAGCGGCCGAGGCUUAAUCUACAGCCUCGUUCACUCCCUUUGAACAAUGGGAAUCAGGAGGCUUCUGGUGCCGCAGUGAAGCUAAAGGCUUCCAAUCCUUUUGGAAAUGCUAGACCAAGGGAACAAGUAUUGGCUGACAAGGGACAGGACUGGAAGAAAAUUGAUGAGAAGCUCGAGUCAAUGAAAAUUAAGGACACGGUUGUGAGAGCUGAGAGAUCUAGUGGGGCUUCCUUCGAGAGAAAAGGCUUUGGAAGUCGAAAUGCUUGGUCUCCCCAAGAUCGUUCAGGGAGCGCAUGGAGGAGGUCAGAAUCUGUGGAGUCUCGUCCCCAGAGUGCUGAGGCGGUUGAUGUUGGACCUGCUGAGGAAAACUGAAGAAGACGGUAUUAUAAGCAAUUGAUUGAUACUGAAGUUGAAAUAAUUAAAUUGCUGAUGAAAUUUUCUGAUAUUCAUUAUUGAAGGCUCUUGAAUUAUUCACUGUGUUCUUCCAUGUGUUCUUCCCCCCACCCCCCUCCACAAAAAAGAAAAAAAAAACAAAAAAACAAAAAAGAAGUAUACAUAUAAAAUUUUGUUUCUGUGAGUGUUAUUGAUGGGGAUCAAAGUACAGGACAUUGUGCAAUUUUGGUAGGGUUAAGGUAGCUUGGCUAGGCCAUUUAUGGAUUCAUUUGUACCUCUUGUUGAUGAUGUUCCUCAGAAAUAUUGUUCAAACUGUACUGUUGUUGUCACUGAAAUCAGUAUUGUGUUCUGUUGAGAAAUUCCUAUGAGUUUGAUUGUGUU